AUGGAACGCGUAGACCUUCCGUCCGUCGCCGUUCGGGAGGUCUUUGAUGAGAAUCAACAGAUCAUGAAUCUCGUCGAGGAACUUACCGCAGAGAAGCAGCAAAGCAAGGUCCAGCUGCAACGCGUUCUUCACAGGAUCUACAAAAACAUCGCCAGAUACGGCAAGGCCCUAGAUCUCAAGUCCAGUGUUGAAGCUUAUGUCUACGAUGGAUGGCGAGGUCUCCUGAACACCAUCAAAGCUAUCCUGAAACUGCCUGGUACUGACUUUUAUGAAGGCGCCACAGCAGAUGAGGAGCUUGCCGAUCUAUAUGAGCUUUGCACAGAGAUUGAUGAUGUUCUCCUCAGCGCUCUGCGUACGAUCUGGAUUCGUAGCGGGCAGACCGAAGCCUUUGAAUGGGUAUUUGCAGAUCAUCUAAUUGGCAGACCGGUUGGAAACUUUGAGUGUUGGGACGCCAAAAUCGCCGUAUGUCUGUCACUCGACGAGUACAAACGCCGCUUCAAAUGGACACGAAGAGGAGAACGAUACUACUAUUCCGAACUAGCCUUCGAGGGGGAUCGGCAGAUCUACGCAAAAUCAAAACUCUACACAGGUCCAAAGCCACGAUGGGAUCUCGAGGAAGGGACAGGCUUGAAUCCGGAAUGGAAGUGGAGGGUUGAAGGAAACGCCAGGCCCAUCGCCGGUGAUAUCAAGUACACUUUUCAACCACUAGCCACGAAAUAUUGGGACUGCUAUGUCUUUCGUCGUUCUUGGCAGUUUUGCCUAGACGCUCAGCAGAUCGCGGAAGCAAAUCUCGGUACCCAACGACAAGAACUCCUGAACGAUAUUUUCCUCCGUCACCGCAUCCCCCGAGAGAUUGACAGAGAGAUUCUAUCAUAUCUCCCACCCCCACACCGCGAACCAUUCCCCUAUCUCAAGAACCUCGACAUUGGAGCAGCUUACACUCCCUUCCCUACAGUCGGCGAGAGAUGCCUGGACUGUGAGAAUAUGGAUGAGGACUCAGCCAUUCGACGCACAUGCCCUCAAGCAAGUCUUUACAUCUGGAACCUUGCUCUGCGGUGUUUUCAUAGCUUUCACAAGAAUGCAUUCAACCAGUGGUCUCUAUGUAGUCACGGUAGUGAUUGCAACGGUCACCACGACUGCAGCGACCACAGUUGGGCUGUUCUCAGAGAUCCCGAAUUCACCCUGUUCAUUGAGAAGGAAGCUUCUCGAGGCAAUGAUCAAUUCAUAUCCCUUGAUCAAGUUGGCCUUGGCCCCGUUCAGCAUAUUCGCCUCAACAAAGCGGAGGAUGAGAUUCGAGCCAAACGACUUAAGAAUGGAUCCUUGAUCUACUUUGAAACCCACAGAGACUGGGAGAUGACAGGUGGUCUGGGCGGCUUGGUAGACAGCAUGCUACACGGAGGAGUGCUGACCAAGGCAUGGAGCCAAGGACAUGGUGACGGAGGCACCGACGACGAAGAGAACAGCAAUGAUCAACAAGAGGACACCGACGAUGGUGACGAUGGAGAGGGUGAUGACGAUGCACGCCCUCACGAAGCCGGAACGUGCAGAAAUCGGAGCCAGUGGGCUCUUGGCCAGAAACUGCUCGCCAAGAGAGUUGCAGAGAAGGUGGUCAAAGACCUCCACUCGUGGCCAGGACGAUGUGAGUGGUGCGAGUGA